AUGUACAUGCACGCCUACUCCGUGAAGGAUGGUGAUUACACCAAGGCCAUCUACACGAUGAUCAAGGAAGGCAGGUACCAGGACGCCAUUCCUCUGCUGACCAACCAGCUCAAGAACAACGACCAAUCGCGGGCCUGCCUGUCCCUGCUCGCCUUCUGCUACUUCAACUGCCAGCAGUUCUUGGACUCGGCCGGCUACUACGAGAGGCUGGUGAAGCUGUUCCCCGAGGAGAAGGACUACCGCCUCUACCAAGCCCAGGCCCUCUACCAGGCCUGCGAUUUCGAAAAGGCUCUCAAGACCUUGGCGGCUCUGGACGAUCCUCAGUACCACACAUCCGUCACCAAACUCAAAGCGGCCAUCAAGUACGGAGAGGAAGACCUGAUCAGUGCUAGGGCUUUGCUUGAGAAUAUAUCGGAAGAAGACCCGGACAUGGAUGUGAAUCACGCCUGCAUCCUCUACAAGGAGGAGCGCUACGCGGAGGCUUUGGCCAAGUUCAACACGGCCCUCGUGACCGUAGGUUACAGCCCGUACCUGUCCUACAGCGUGGCCCUGUGCUAUUACCGCAUGAAGGAAUAUGCCCAGUCGAUGAAACAUAUCGCCGAUAUUAUCGAGCGGGGUAUCAGGGAGCAUCCCGAGCUUAGCGUCGGUAUGGCGACAGAAGGAAUAGAGGUGAGGAGUGUCGGCAAUACCCUUACCCUCCACGAGACCGCUCUUGUGGAAGCCUUCAACCUAAAAGCCGCCAUAGAGUUUCAGCUGGGUAACAUAGACGCUGCAAAAGAUGCUCUGACAGACAUGCCUCCUCGAUCGGAGGAGGAGCUUGAUGCAGUUACCCUGCACAAUCAAGCUCUCCUCAACAUGGAGAUCAGACCAACUGAAGGUUUUGAGAAACUUCAAUUCCUUCUUCAACAGAAUCCAUUUCCUCCUGAAACCUUAGGCAACUUACUACUAUUGUAUUGUAAAUAUGAUUACUACAAUUUGGCUGCUGAUGUUAUGGCCGAGAACCAGCAUUUGACACAGAAAUUUCUAAGUCAGUAUUUGUAUAGUUAUUUGGAUGCACUGAUAACUCAACAGACCUCUCCUGAUGACGCAUACAGAAAGUUUGAUGAGAUCGCUGUGAGGCAUACAGAGAGCCUGCGUAAGUCGACAAAGAGAGUCCAAGAAGCCCGAGCAAUACAUGAUGAUGCUGCAGUUAAAAAAGCUGUUGCAGACUAUGAAGAGACCCUUGAAAGUUAUAUACCUGUUUUGAUGGCUCAGGCAAAGAUUUAUUGGGAUUUAGAGCAAUAUAGUCAAGUAGAGAACAUAUUUCACAAGUCUGUAGAGUUUUGCAAUGAAAAUGAUGUUUGGAGAUUACAUGUUGCAAAUGUUCUCUUCAUGCAAGACAACAAGUACAAAGAAGCUGCGGGCUUUUAUGAACCCAUUGUAAAGAAAUAUUAUAACAAUUUAUUAGGAGUUAGUCCCAUAGUUCUUGCCAACUUGUGUGUUUCUUACAUAAUGACAGCCAUGAACGAAGAAGCAGAAGAACUGAUGAGAAAAAUCGAGAAAGAAGAAGAACGUCUCAAUUAUGAAGAUCCUGACAAGAAAGUUUAUCAUCUUUCUAUUGUUAAUCUAGUUAUAGGAACUCUAUAUUGUGCAAAGGGGAAUUAUGAGUUUGGGAUAUCCAGACUGAUACGUAGUCUAGAACCGUUCAAUAGGAAGUUGGGUACUGAUACGUGGUUCUAUUCCAAACGGUGUAUGCUUUCAUUAAUAGAAAACCUUGCUAAGCGUAUGAUAAUUCCUACAGAUACUUUCUACCACGACUGCCUCGAGUUCCUUGACAAUUGUGAGGCUUACGGUAAAGAUAUUAAAACAACUCCUGACAAUCCUUUGGAAGAAAGCUUAGGGCAAGAGGGGAAGAACACCGUCACCUAUGAAGCUCGUGCUCUGAAAGCUCUUUUGCUUAAAGUUCAAAUACCGAAUGAUUUUCUCUAA